AUGGCGCGCCUUUCUGCUCCUUCCACGGCAUCGGCCUCACAGCCUGCACCACCUACACCGGCGCCCUCCAGCAGCGGCAAAUUGAAAAGGAAGCGCUCAAGAAAAAGCCUGGAUGCAGCCGACGCACGCUUCUGGGCCGAGGCCGAGCGCUCAAAGGAGCUUCGAAAUGGCUUCCGCAUCACCUACCUCAGCAAAUCUCCCGAGGGACAACCGCACGCCGUCAAGAAAAAGCGGAGACUGAUUGAUACGCUGCGCGGUGAUAAUGGGGACAACACCGAGGCAAACCCUCUCAAAUCGCAGCCCAAUCCUUUUCCCGAGGCCGACCUUGGCGACGUCUAUUAUAAUGUAGAGCCGAAAAGCUACUGGGAAGCUACUCAAUUGAAGGGGCUCAGAAGGUGUAUAUUGGUAGAUGAGGACGACGAGGAGGAAUUCUCCAUAGGCACCUAUGUGCACAUCAGACCCGGCAACGAUGCUGCACGGAAUGCGGCAAUCGAUACGUGGAUCGGCAAGGUACUGGAAAUACGAGCGGGAGACGCGUCGCAUGUCUACGUACGGAUAUACUGGAUGUACCGUCCUGAAGACCUCCCGGGUGGUCGCAAACCAUAUCACGGAACGAACGAGCUGAUUGCUUCAAAUGACAUGGCCGUUAUCGAAGCCCAAACAAUAGAGUGCAGCGUGGACGUCUAUCAUUGGGAGGACAAUGCGAACAACAACUUUGAUCCGGAGAAGGAGCUGUACUGGAGGCAGACUCUCGAUGUCACUGACGGGAAGAAAAGGCUCUCGCAACUUGACACCUACUGUAUUGACCACACUCCCGCUAACCCAGAAAUCCCACUCCUCCACUGCGAAGGCUGCAACACCUGGUUACAUUCCUCUUGCCUCGAAAAAAAUGCAGUAAGAAUUGCAUGCCAGAAUGCGAACAUGCCAUAUUCAAGCCCGAAGAAGAGAAAACGCAGAGGCCGCCCCGCCAGACCCGCAUUCGCCGCUCAGUUCAGUAUCAGCAAAGGACGACCGAGCAUAACCAUUGUGGAUCAGCGUCGGGGAAAAGAGAAGGUUGUACGCAACAUGCUCGUUGUGUGUCUGUCUUGCGGCGAGAGAAUUGAAAGAGUUUCUUCCAGCCAACCGGCCCUGCUGAACAAAGAAUCAGGUGGGGAAGGGACGAAUGGUGAGAAAGCGGGAAAGGCGGUCGAGACGGGGCCGCAGGAUGAGGGAGUGGAAGAGCAGAAAGAAGAGUCAGAGGAAGACGAGGCGUUGGGUGAACAAGACCAAGCCGCGUCAACUGCCACACCCAAAGUCAACGGCACGAAACGGGACAGGCAAAGCAGUGAGAACACCACACCCACUUCGGCCCCUGAGUCGACUGAACGAUGUGUAGAUACCUGGGACACCCCCGCGAGACUGAUAAGAUCGGUCUCUCGCCUAUUCCGAGCGCGAUCUACGGAGCCAGAGUGA